AUGGCUGAUUACGAUGAUGACGAUUACAUGAGCGAUGAGCUACCUGACUUCGCUGACGAGGCAGAGUUUGAUGACUAUUUGAAUGACGAGGAGUAUGAUCUGAUGAACGAGGUGCUGCCUCAAGCAAAGAAGGAACUAAGCGAGUAUCAAGGCUGGGACAACUUGAGUGUUAAAUUAGCUAUAUUUGAGAAUGAGUUCGAUUUGCAGGCUGCCUUGACUGAGCUCAAAAGGAAAUUCAAAAAGAAGAAGCCUAAGAAAGAAGUAACACCCGCAACAACUACCACCAAGAAAGUCACCAAAGACCUAGGAAAGCUAUCACUCAAUCAAAAUAAGAAACAAGAUGACGAAUGGCUUGACCUUGACGAGCCUAGGAAGACUGAGGAAGAAGACGAUACAAAAAUUGUAUAUAAGAAGGUUACUGUACCAACUAAACCAAGAAAACCAAUUGAUAUUGAAAGUUAUAUCCAGAAGAGUAAACCACAUGUCAGUUUUGUUGUGUUAGGUCAUGUUGAUGCCGGUAAGUCUACUUUGAUGGGCCGUGUAUUACAAGAUGUUGGUGCAGUAGAUAAGACAUAUAUCAGAAAGUUAAAGAAGGAGAGUGAAAACAUUGGUAAAGGCUCUUUCCAUUUAGCCUGGGUUAUGGACCAAACUAAGGAAGAAAGAGAACGUGGUGUAACAGUGUCUAUAUGUACUAGUGACUUCGAUACUCCAAAUGCCAAUUUUACCAUCGUUGAUGCACCUGGUCACAGAGAUUUUGUACCAAACGCCAUUGCUGGUGUUUCACAGGCAGAUGUGGCUAUCUUGUCUAUUGACUGUGGUAUAAAUGCCUUCGAAUCUGGUUUCAACCUUGAUGGACAAACUAAGGAGCACGCUUUGCUGGCGAAAAGUAUGGAUAUCAAGAGAGUCAUUGUGGCCAUGAACAAAAUGGACACCGUACAAUGGUCUCAUGAAAGAUAUGAAGAUAUCAAACAAAAGUUGGUCAAGUUUUUGUAUGACAUCGGGUUUACGGACAACCAAUUGCUUUGGGUGCCUUGUAGUGGGUUUUCUGGUGAGGGUGUCUACAAGAUUCCUUACCCAGAGGAUGCUGCAUGGUAUACUGGCCCAACUGUAAUCCAAACGUUGGAAAAUGUUGCAUCCGAUGUUGGUAUGGUUACAUAUCAAGAGGUAAAGGACCAAUCCUUCAUUUUCUCUAUUUUGGAGUCAUCAGCAUCAAACAAGAAUGAAGAAGCAAUUAUUUCCGGUAAAGUGGAGUCCGGUACUAUCCAACCUGGUGAAACGCUGACUAUUUAUCCUUCUGAACAAAGUGUCACUGUGGAUAAGAUUAUUAUGGGGAAAGAGCAGGCCCCUGUUCCUAUUGCAGUUAAAGGAGAAUUCGUUACAAUCAAGCUUCGUCAUGCACACCCAGAAGAUAUACAAGGUGGUGACAUAGCGGCAUCCGUUGAGUUCGAUAUUGCUGCCUACCAAAAGUUUAACCUACGAAUGCUUACAUUCAAAAUGGAUAGGCCCUUGCUACCGGGUACUCCUUUCAUGCUUUUUAGAGGUGUAUGUGAACAACCUGCCAGAAUCAGUAAGCUGAUAUCCUUGGUUGAUAAGGACGAUUUCGAAACAGUUAUCAAGAAGAAGGUAAGACACUUGAGCUCACACCAAGCUGCCAUCGUUGAGAUCGAACUGACAGAGAAGAGAAGAUGGAUCCCUCUUCUGACAUUCUCACAAAAUGAACACAUAGGAAGAAUUGUGUGCAGAAAAGAUGGACGUACUAUUGCCACAGGUACUAUAAUGCCGUAA